AUGACUACAAUGAAGAAUCCUAAUUCGUCGUCUUCUAAGCUCGCCGUAUUCAGCCACAUCAAAUAUGAGCACCUGGUAGCUGGUAUAUCGGGUGGUGUCACCUCAACUCUUAUUCUCCACCCUUUGGACCUUAUCAAAAUUAGAUUUGCAGUAAAUGAUGGCAGGACCGCAACAGUACCACGAUAUGAUGGACUAGGCAGUGCAUUUGUUACUAUAGUUAAAAAAGAAGGUGUACGGGGCUUAUAUCGGGGUGUCACACCUAACGUUUGGGGUUCAGGUUCUGCUUGGGGUUUCUAUUUUCUGUUCUACAAUGCAAUUAAAACCUGGAUACAAGGCGGGAAUGCACGUACUCCUCUUGGACCUGGGUUGCAUAUGCUUGCUGCUGCGGAAGCAGGUGUGCUCUCCCUCAUCAUGACAAACCCAAUCUGGGUGGUGAAGACUCGCCUCUGCCUACAGUACAGUGAUGAACAUGUAACUGAGAACAAGAGAUACAAGGGCAUGGUUGAUGGACUAACCAAAAUUUAUAGGACGGAGGGUAUUAGAGGGUUAUACAGGGGUUUCGUUCCUGGCAUGUUUGGCGUGUCUCAUGGGGCGCUGCAGUUCAUGACAUACGAGGAGAUGAAAAACAGAUACAACCAAUACAGGAAUCUGCCCAUUGACAUUAAACUGACAUCGAUCGAGUACCUAACGUUCGCGGCCAUCUCUAAGCUGAUCGCCGCCGGCGCGACCUACCCCUACCAGGUGGUUCGCGCCCGCCUCCAGGACCAGCACCGCUCGUACCGCGGCGCCUGGCACUGCGUCACCGAGACCUGGAGGCACGAGGGCUGGCGGGGCUUCUACAAGGGUCUCAAACCGAACCUGGUGCGUGUGGUACCCGCGACCAUGAUCACAUUCCUGACAUACGAGAAUAUCUCCCACUACAUGUUGAGCAGGGGUCAGCAAUUUAAACUGCCAACA